AAGUAUUUCCGGUUCCGGUUUAGUACUCAAUAAUAACAGAAGCGGGAGUCUCGCAGGUAGUAAACUCACUUCGUUUGGAGAUAGUUAGGAGCUGAAACAGGUGAAAAAUAUUUACUCACUGUUUUAUAUAACAGUGUAAGAUGCAGAGAGGUAACACGAGAUUUCCAAGCCCGGGUGGAAUGAGGCCGCCGAUGGGAGGUUUCAGGAGCCCCGGAGCGGACAACCAAGGCAGCGGCGACGGAGGAAGGUUUUGCCCACCCACAUUGGGGUACCGCGGGGCUGGUUCCCCCUCUACCGGACAACGAUUCGGAAACUUUGGGGGUUCUCCUAAUUCCUCGAGAGAUUUCGGUAACAAUAACAGGAGUUUUGGGCCGAGUGAGGGGUAUUAUGGUAACACAUCCUCACCCAUGCGUACACCGCGCAGACAGGACGGGAACGGCCGCGGUGGUCAGUCCUAUAGACACCAGUCUCCGUACCAAACGCACAGUCCUUCCCCGUAUCGUCGUGGCUUUCAGGGUUCACCGCAGACAUCCACCCCGUUUGUCAGGGAGAGGGGCGGUGGCGGAGUGGAGAAGUAUUACAGCCCGUCCAUGGUACAGGACCCCUGGGCUAGCCUAAAGCCAGUGGAGGUUACACAAACGGGGACCAAAAGCAGUACGCCGAACACUUUCCACACAGGCAAAACGACGAGAUAUUUCUAAGGACAAGUUGGAUUGCGAUGGGAUAGUAGGGCGAAACUCACUUCGGGCGUCAGUUUUUAUUUUGCAGAUUGAAAAUAUCACCAGCGUAUAUAUUACCUAUUUUCUCAGGUAUUUUGAUUUUGAAGUUUGUUCUACAUGAACUCAAAAACAGCAUUUUAAUCAUCCGACGGCUAAAAGGUCAAAUCCCAGGGAAUGUAUUUACUACAAGAUGUCAUAAAUACCUUGGCCCCUUUAUGUAACUGUACAUAUACCGUUUUGAAAUGUUAACCGUAAUUGAAUAUCAUUUUAUGGAGUAUUGUUAGUAUUUUACAAACUAUUUUAAAAUCAAUUCAAAAGCAUGUUUACGUUUUUUAGAAAUUAAAACAUUUGUUAUACAUGUGA